ACUGCAGAGACUCUUUGUAUUUGACGUGAGCAAGGUUGCAUCAGUAAACAAGCUGCAGCUUCAUGCCCUGAUUUAGUUUCAUGUUGAAAAAUAUAUGUAUGUAUAUGUGUUAUCUUUAUUGAAGGAGCAUUACAAAUCAAAGCUGAGUCCUCUGUGGAGCUUCAGCAGCAAAUAUGUUUGCUUGAGUUGUCCGGCUUCCAGUUUGUCUUGUUAGUUUUAUUGUUUUUUUUGUUUGUUUUUUGUUUUUCUAUAAUAGUAGGAUCACCCUACACAUGUUUUAAUCUCUGAAGAGGUUUUUAGCCGUACAGGUUUGCAUUUGAUUUGUUGGUGGAGAUUGAAGCUGAACGUUAGAGACUGCAGCCAUGAAGGAGGAGAUUGCUGCUGCUGUGUUCUUUUUUGCUCGGCUGGUGAAGAGAUACGGCUGUCUGGAAAAUGAUGGCAGGGAGCGCUUUGCCACUGCCCUCACCUCCGUUCUGUUUGAGAAAUACAAGAACCACUGGCACCCAAGCGCGCCCACCAAGGGACAGGCCUAUAGGUGUCUACGUAUGAACCGUGUACGGCUUCAGGACCCGGUGCUGCAGCAGGCCUGCGAGCGGAGUCUGGUGCGGUACGAGGAUUUGAGCCUGCCCCAGGAACUGACGGUGUGGGUCGACCCUGGAGAGGUGUCCUGCAGGUACGGUGAGCACAGCGCUCCGUUCAGCGUCUCAGUGGUGGACGGUUGUCGGCGUGGUGACAGGGAAUUUUCCCGCCGCAUCCACGAUGCAGUAGAGCGGGCAAGCCUUGAGGUUCAGUCGGGAAGCUCUUCAGACGAGGAGGAUGGUGCCGGAGACAACAGCAUGAGCAGCAGCAGCAGCAACCAAUCAGCUCCCUGGCCUGCUACAGUCCCACCAACCAACCUGGAACCCAAAACCAUCCCGACCGUCAGCAACCCCAACAGCGUUUACAGGUUCAGCGAGUUUUCUCCAGGCGCCCCUCAGACCUGGCUGAGGGAAAAGCGGAAGGCUUUUGCUGCAGACUCAUUCCCACCUCCAGUUGGAGGUUCUGCUUCCCAGCUCUCCGGUCAAAAAGGUUUCAAAUCCCAUCGAGCCUCAUUUACCUUCACAGGGCCUCGCGUCGACAAGUACCACUGGAUCAGCAAAUCCCGAUCCUAGAACAAGCCGGGCCUUCAACCUGCAGACCAGAAUCUGGUUACUGCUGGGAACCAGAGGCUGAAGUUAGACUUGGGGAUGGUGAGGGGGUGCCUAUCGGGAAUAUGUUGAAAGGAUUUGUUUAUUAUUUGUAAAUGGUUUAAAGUGAUACUGAUUUAAAGUAAUGCUGUUUAAGCAUGUUUUUACGAUACAUUCAAGUAUUUUAAAUAUUUCUCUCAAUAGGUUUUUAAAUUAAAGUAGGUGUGAAUAAAGUAACAUUGAACUGUCAUUGAAAAGAAAUAAAUGCGUCCGUGUCAGCUCUGCUGGGUGUUCUAAAAA